CGGUCUGCUGGGCUGCACCUUGCUUACACCGCGCAAAGUGAUUACAGUAGAAGUAGAUUAGUUCGAGUAAGUUGUUAUAAUUUGUGACUGGGUCACCUGAAAGGCUACGCGACAGUGAUUGACGACGAAUAGUCGAGGCCUAGCGUUUAGAGUGCGCUCGAAGAAUGAGAAACCCCAAGAAGGGGAAAGCCAAGCCGGGCAAGGCAAAAGCCAAGCCCAGCAAGAAGAAGGAGGAGGAGAUGGAGCUAGAUGAGGAGCCAGAAACCGCGACGGCGAAGGUGUGGCGCCCCGGCAUUGAUGAGGUGGCGGAGGACGAAGAGCUGGAGUAUGACCCGACCGCCUACGAUUGCCUGCACCGAUUCCAAGUAGACUGGCCAUGCUUGAGCUUCGACAUCCUCAAAGACGACCUCGGGGGGCCGCGCAGCACCUUCCCGCACACUGUCUACCUGGCGUGCGGCACGCAGGCCGCCACCGCGCGGCAAAACUACGUCGCGUUCCUGCGCCUUGCGUCGCUAGGCCAGGGCCGCCAUGGCAAGAAGGCAGCGCCGGUAGACUCAGACGAUGAGGAGAGCGACGACGAGGAUAGCGACGAGGACGGGGACAGCGACAUGGGGGAGGAGGGCGCGCCCGAGAUGAAGGGCGCGCCGGGCGAGGCCCCGGCCACGUUCCAUUUCCGCAUGGUGGCCAUGAACUGCGGCGUGAACCGCAUCCGCUCCAUGCCGCAGCAGCCCGGCGUGGUGGCGGUGUGGGGCGACAACGCGCAGGUCAAGCUCAUUGACGGCAGCAAACUGCUGGCGGAGCUGGCGGCGGAGACGGAGCCCACGGCGGCCAACGCCAAGGGCAAGGGCGGCACCAACAAGGCGAAGCCGCAGGACCUUAAGCCGCUGGCCUCGCACACGCACAGCUCGGAGGGGUACGCGCUGGACUGGUCGGCGGUACGGCCUGGCCGCCUGGCGUCCGGCGACUGCCGGCACAAGAUCCACGUGUGGGAGCCGGCAGAGGGCGGCCGGUGGGCAGUCGGAGGAGCGCACACAGGCCACGAGGGCAGCGUGGAGGACAUCCAGUGGAGCCCCACGGAGGACACGGUGUUCGCCUCGUGCGGCGUGGACCGCUCGGUGCGCAUCUGGGACACGCGCGAGCGCGGGCGGCCCAUGCUCACGGCGGCUGGCGCGCACGACAGCGAUGUCAACGUCAUCUCCUGGAACCGUGGCGUCACCUAUAUGCUAGCGUCAGGCGCCGACGAUGGCUGCAUUCGCAUCUGGGACCUGCGAACGUUUGCCAGCGGUGGCGGCGCAGGCGAGGGGGCGGGCGCGGCGGCGGCGAGCCCGGCACACGUGGCGCAGUUCCUGUACCACCGCAGCCACGUGACCAGCGUGGAGUGGUGCCCGUACGAGGGCAGCAUGCUUGCAUCGGCGGCGGCGGACAACCAACUGGCGGUAUGGGACCUGGCGCUGGAGCGCGACCCCGAGGAGGAGGCGGCGCUGGCGCCCGAGGGCAACGCCGCCGCGCCGGAGGACCUGCCCGCGCAGCUGCUGUUCCUGCACGCCGGCCAGAACGACCUGAAGGAGCUGCACUGGCACUCGCAGAUCCCAGGCCUCAUUGUGUCCACAGCCGGUGACGGCUUCAACCUGUUCAAGGCGAGCAACAUGUAAGGUCGCAGCGACGGGGCACUAAGCAGUCAAGCACUGCGUGUUUGCGUCGGUCACAGCGGUUGGUGGGAGCUAGGUAUUUACAAGGACUGGACUACAGACGGCGCGCGUCGCGGACUGGUCCAUGGCAGCAGCAUGUGGCUAAGAUACAUGCAGGUUCUGGUGUGACCUGGCAUGUCUGGAUCUGGCAGGUCUGGAGAGUCUAGCGGCUGUGAGGGAAAGGCCAUCAUAAGCCGAUGGGGCGUACACCGUAUGCUCACGAUGCUACUGACCGCUCCUGUGAGGUCGCGGUCGUCAUGGACGUGAGUCCUGUGGAGUCAUCCCAGUGGUGCUUCAAGUGCUGGUCAUGUAAGUUCCUACACGGAGGGACAACAUACGGACACGCACUAGGUCAGUGUGAGCUAAAGGGCGGGGCUGGGGCCUGGGCAGCUAGGCCUCCACUCCGAAGGCGUGGGAUGAGAGCCGGCAUGGGAUCCCACGUCGAUCGUGACCGCUGACCACUGUUGACCACUCGCAACACUAGCACGGCCAAUGGUAUCUCGAGUUGAUGGCUCAACCGCCCCCACUUGGCCUAGCUCGCUGUCGCUUGUGCGACCGGAAAUGGCGAGGCCGGGAAUUUGCAUCGCGACAGCCCG